AUGGCCUCGAAAAAAGCUGCUCUGGCGAUGCGCCCGGCCGUCAAUGGUCUUGCGCCGCGCAUUUGGAGGGCAGAAUACGCCCAGGUCGCGAGUUACUCCACAAGAACGCGCGCGACUCCAGCCCCACGUCCCCGCAACCUCACUCGACUAUCGCAGCAGCAGGUCCGGUAUGCUUCCUCUGCAGGCGCAAACGAGCAACUGGGCAAGACGGGCCUAUACGAACUUCACAGCAAGUAUGGCGCCAAGUUUGUGCCCUUUGGCGGAUAUGCCAUGCCGGUCCAGUACAGCGACAUGAGCAUCAUCGACUCUCACAACUGGACGCGCGAGAAGGCCAGCUUGUUCGACGUUGGACACAUGGUCCAGCACCACUUUUCUGGGCCUGGCGCCGAAGCCUUCCUCGAGAGCAUCACCCCGUCGUCGCUGUCGUCGCUCCCCGUGCGCCAGUCCACGCUGUCAACACUGCUGCACUCCACCGGCGGCAUCGUCGACGACACGGUUGUCACGCGUCUCCCCGACCGCUUCUACGUCGUCACCAAUGCCGGCUGCAGGGAAAAGGACACGGCCUACUUCAAGACGCAGCUAGAGGCCUGGAAGAAUGCACACCCCGACCAGCCCGUAGAGUGGAACAUACUCGAUGGCCAAGGUCUGGUCGCCCUCCAGGGCCCGCUGUCCGCCGAGAUCCUGUCGCGCGUACUAGACGACAAGUCCAAGAAGGACCUCGAAUCGCUCUACUUCGGUCAAUGCGCCAACGCCGUCAUCAAGGGCACCGAUGCCGAAGUGCUCGUCAGCAGGGGUGGAUACACGGGUGAGGAUGGGUUCGAGAUUAGCAUUCCUGCAUAUGCCACCGAAGCCGUGACCCAGUUCCUGCUCGAUUCCGCCAAGGAUGAGUUGCGUUUCGCAGGUCUAGGAGCGCGCGACACCCUCAGACUAGAGGCGGGCAUGUGCUUGUACGGCCACGAUCUUGAUGACACGACCACACCAGUCGAGGCCGGAUUAUCUUGGAUCAUCGGUAAGGACCGCCGCGCAAAAGGCGGCUUCCACGGUGAUUCCGUCAUCUUGCAGCAACUGAAGAAGAAGUCCGAGGGCGGUGGUGUGUCACGGCGUCGUGUCGGGCUCAUUGUAGAAGGAUCGCCUGCACGAGAGGGUGCUGAGAUUGUUGACGGGGCCGGUGAGAAGAUUGGCACCAUCACUUCUGGCUGCCCUUCGCCCACCAUGAAGAAGAAUAUCUCGAUGGGUUAUGUCAAGGACGGUAUGCACAAGGCAGGAACUGAAGUUGAGGUCAUUGUGCGUGGCAGGAAGAGGAAGGCUGUCGUGACUAAGAUGCCCUUCAUUCCCAGUAAAUACUACAAGCAACCAGCGAACAUCAAGGCAUAG